GUUAACGUGCAAAACAAAUUUAAAUUGGCAUGUGCUAGAUGACACACAUUACAUACCAUUAUAACGCAGCCUUUCCCAUUUAAAAAAAAAAAAAAAGAGAAAGAAAGAAAAGUGGGAACAGUACUAGGGCCUGACCGAUUUAAAAGUACAUUUUCCUUUAAUUAAUCAGCCGGUUCAUCUAUUAUCUGAAUUUUAGUCUGCCUAAUAUCGGAAUCGGCAUCAGCCAAAUUAAAUAAAUCCAUAUUAGUCGGGCCCUAUACAGUACAGUACUCCCUCCACCUAAUGAACACAGUAGUUAGGCCUGCCUCCAUCAUUCGGCAGCCUGCAAAAUACCAAAAAUCAUUUUGCAGGUUGUCAUUUCAUCUCUUAAGCUCAGUACUGUGCAUAACCGUUUGGCAGAAAACUAAUAUGGAAAUAUAACAGGAAGGGGGGGAAAAAAUGACACGUGGUAGGCCUGUAUAAAUGUAAUGGACAAAAUAUUAGGCACACAUGACAAGUUCCAAACGACACUGUUGGUAUUGAUGUGUGCCGAAAAAGCAGCUGCGAAGACAAAAGUUUGGGACCGUAAAAAAAAAAAAAAAAAAAAGAUGCCCAUCCCUGUAAGCAGUUACCCGCGAGUGGAAAUGUGCGGGUUCAUUCUAAAAAUGAAAUUCGAGCCACUUGCAGAUGAGGCUCAGCAGAACAUGCGUCAAACUCUUGCAGCGUUAGUUUGCAUGCUGCCUGUGGGAGACAUUCAUUAAUUACACUCAAGAUGUAAUCAUUGUUUCCCAUAGUGUGUCAAAGCCCCCAAGCUAUUGGUUUAUUUGGCUACGGAUAUUACCAAUUAUUAGUAAAGGAAGCUCACGAGUGCCUUUAUAUCAAGUGGGGAUUUUUGUUUAUUAGAAAUAUAUAUAUUUAGAACUGACUCAUUACAUUUGGCUGAAUUUGGCAAUACAACAAAGUGCAAGUCGUAGCCCAUUGUCAGAAAUGUUUGCUCAAUUAGCAUUUCUGAUUAUUUACAAACCCAUCUGACAUAAAGCAUCCCAUUGAUUUUAUUGCAUGCAGUCACCAUCCAGUGUCACGCAAUCAAUUUAUAUUGGAUUCUUUUCUGUUCAGUCACUUUUUUUUUUUUUUACCAAACUUUUAGGUGACCUUUAGUCCUCUGUUUGCAUUCGUCACAGAUCAUGCAACAUUCACCCGCCAUCUUUAUUUAGCUGGUGGUUGUCUCAAGGUUUACUGAACAAAUGAUUUGCAGCACAGCCGCACUAUAUUGACACUCUGCAUGGUCACCGUUAUUUAUCCAAAAUGCAAUUUGUUCUGCAAAAAUGUAUGUAUUUGUAUGUGACUGAUCUACUUGAAAAUCUUUGAUUACUUUUUUGUCCCUCAGCGCUGCUCUGUACUGUUUUCUUUUUCAUUGCUGAGAAAUGAUUGACCAGUGAGAGUUAAAAUAAUGACAAUUGUACUGGCAUAGCAUCUAUUUACAUAUCCAUCCAUUUUCUGAGCCGCUUCUCCUCACUAGGGUCGCGGGCGUGCUGGAGCCUAUCCCAGCUGUCAUCGGGCAGGAGGCGGGGUACACCCUGAACUGGUUGCCAGCCAAUCGCAGGGCACAUCCAAACAAACAACCAUUCGCACUCACAGUCAUGCCUACGGGCAAUUUAGAGUCUCCAAUUAAUGCAUGUUUUUGGGAUGUGGGAGGAAACCGGAGUGCCCGGAGAAAACCCACGCAGGCACGGGGAGAACAUACAAACUCCACACAGGCGGGGACGGGGAUUGAACCCCGCACCUCAGAACUGUGAGGCUGACGCUCUAACCAGUCGGCCACCGUGCCGCCCUAUUUACAUAUAACUUUCUAAAAAAAAAAAUUAAAAAAAAUGUUAUAUUUUAUUUUAUUGUGAGGAUGGACUCGGAAGGAAGACUUUAAAACAAAUGAAGUUUUAAAGCACACUGGUAUCCAUAAUGUUCAUGUCAUUCCAGUUUAUGCCGGUUGGAAUGUUCAUUGACAAAGCAUCAAGAAUUCUGUUCUUUUAACCCAUUAAAUAUAUUCUUCUUUUCUUGGAUCUAAAAGCAAAAGCAUCCAAAACUGUUAUUUCAUGCCAAGAUCGCAUUUAUCAAGCGUAAUUAUGAAUCGUGCCGGUGCUCGGCCGGCCGCAAUACGAUUGGCCGCUGCGGCCAGGGCCUGGCCGCAGCGGCCAAUCAUAUUGCGGCCGGCGGGGCGUGUCCUGAUUAGAACUCAAGUGCGAUUCUGCGUGGAUGUUUGAUGACGGCUCCAAAAUAAUGUCCUGCUUGUGACAUCAUUUUGUUAUUCAUCUCGUCAAAAACAACAAAGCCUUGUGACAUGACAAUUUCCAAAGUGAGCUCAUUUUUGGUGUAAUAUACACAGAGCUUCUUUUUUUUUUUUUUUUUUUUUUUAAUGCAUAAACAAGGCACAAAAUGCACAAUAUUUGCUAUUAUUUUAGGGGAAAACCAUAAUGAAUAAAAUGUAAAUGUUUUUAAAAAACUGAAUAAACCUGCUUUUUAGCCAAAUCCCUCCACAAUUAAACUAUACUUAUUGGUAUUCAGACAUAAUUAUUAUAAAGAGAAUGAAGUACAAAAAAACGUCCUUCUAACUGUAGCGCUAACGUGCGUUAAUUGUAACGUUGAUUAAUGUGAGGCAUCACAAUGCUGUGCUCGUUCUAUAUGAUGUAGUCUAACUUUGAUACGUGCGCCUUUGUAUUCCAUCAUCCUUUUAACAUACACACACUGCAGUAAUGCGCUGAUGUUCGCUCACGUUGUGCACAAAAUCGAGGAACAUUGUUUCAUGACAAGAUGGAUGCCCCUUCAAGUCCAAAUGUCAGCGUGCCACCUGAUCUUAAGACAACAGUGAAGGACGAGCAGAUGUACGAGGCCCACGUGAUCGAUACCGCUGCGGGUGUGCUGGCCGGCGUGGUGGCGCUGUUGUCGGCGCUGAAGACGGCGAGCUGGCAGAGGCGGAUGGCCUCUGCGGCCAUCGACUUGAGGAUUGUUUGGACGUUUGUGCUGUUCUACGCUGGAGAUGUGGCCAAUGUUUUGGUCCUCGUCACCGUGGCAACUGGACUCUACUGGCUCACGAUUCACAAGGCCCAACAGCAGGUUUCUGUCGUCCUGCCGCUUCCCCAUCAGGAGAAGCAUUUUGUGACGUACGUCAUUUGCGCCUUUGCGCUCAAGGCGGUGCAGUUCCUCCACAAGCUGACGGUGCAGUUGUCCGUGGAUGUUUUCUUCAUUGACUGGGAGAGGCCUCGAACCACGGCUAGUCGGGCUGCGGCAGGGACGGCCCAGCAGAAACGGGAUCUUUUGCCCGUCAGCAUCUGGAGGACCUACUUUGUGGCCAACGAGUGGAACGAGAUCCAGACCAUCCGCAAGAUCAGACCAACCUUUCAGAUCAUCGCUGUGCUCUUUUUCCUUGAAGUGUUGGAUUUCUGGAAAUUCACACUCAGGGAGCCCUGGCCACCUUCCAAGGUGGGCACACCUUCAUACAGCCCGAUUGCGCGCUACGGUCUGGCAUCGACACUUUGGCUCUGCAUUGGACUUCUGCAGGUCAUUUUCACAAUCUUCUACGAGAUUUGCGUGGAUGACAAAAUCCGUCAGUUUGUGGAUCUCUGCUCUAUCAGCAACGUGAGCUGCAAUUGCAUCCAAUUGUACUUUCAAGUCUUGAUGCGCUUGCUGGGACUCGAGCGUGUUUUGUCCUUCCAGAUUUCCGUGCUGCUCUUACCUCAGCGAUGUUUCGGCUACUACAUCCACGGGCGCUCUGUGCACGGCCACGCCGACACGAACAUGGAGGAAAUGAACAACAAUCUGAGGAGGGAAGCGGAGUCGCUGUGCGCCCAAAGAGGUCUUCUCCCCAGCACGGACACGCAGACGUUCCAGGUGGCCCUUUCCACGCGCCUGCGGUCUCAGUACGACAGGAUACGGGAGUCCUUCACCGCGCGAUACGGACCGGCGCGGCUCACGGUCCCGGGCUCGGCCGGCCGGUGGGAGCAAAACAUCCGCGCCUACCACGCCAUGAACCACUUCCUGGCAUCCGUCAUAGACCAUGUCCACCCAGACAUGGACUACUACGUGAGGGACAAGCUGGCGUUGGAGCGCGUCAUGGGCGUGGAGUUCCUUCAACCAAUUGACAGGAGCAUCUUUUAUAACGAUGGAGCGCACAGUUUCAGCGAUGUGCUUUUUUACGGACAUGAGAGCACACUGCUGAGCUUUGACACGUUGUUCUUCUGCGUGGUUGACGUUGCGUGUCAGAACUUCGUACUCGCGGGCCUGCUUACGUACGUCCAGCAAACGAUAUUCCAAAAGAUUCGUGUUUUUUUCGGGCGGAAGAACCUUGUCUACAAGACCCAGGUGGAUGCGCGAUUUCUCAAGUAUGAAGCAUAAUGGAAUGUAUUAAAAUGAUUUGCAUUCAGUCAAGCACACUGCAUAUGAUUGAUUGGACUGCUUUGGGAGGCUAUUACAGGUGAUGUCGUU